AUGGCAACAUCAGCCAUCUCUACGGUCCUCGGAAAGACGAGCGUCAAGAACUCACCUUCCGAUUUUUCAACUACCUGCCGGGAGUUGAAUGAAACAUUUGCUUCGGGCAGAACGAAGUCGAUCCAGUGGCGCAAAUGGCAGCUGAAACAGCAAUGGUGGAUGAUAGACGAGAACGAGAACGAGAUCCUGGCCGCACUAACAAGUGAUUUAGGUCGACACGAAAUGGAAUGUCGUAGCCCUGAUAUCCUUGGAUUAAAGACGGACAUACUCGAACACAUUGAGAAGAUCGAAGAGUGGGCGGUGACGAAGCCCAUACACGAUGCAGGCCUGCUUUUUGGGCGUCUGGGCAAGGCUCGCUUACUUAUGGAGCCUCUGGGAGUCGUUCUGAUCAUCGGCGAUGCUGUAGUCAUCAAGCCUUCAGAGAUGGCUAAGCUAAUUUCAUCCUACCUUGACCAGUCCACUAUCCGGGUGGUGACGGGCGGACCUCAGGAGACUAGCAAGCUCUUGGAGAACAAGUUCAAUCAUAUUUUCUUCACUGGGUCUGCAAAGAUCGCUCGCUUCAUCACAGCUGCAGCCGCCAAGCACCUCACUCCCACGACUCUUGAGCUGGGCGGCCAGUGCCCGGCUAUCGUGACGAAAAGCGCCAACAUUGAGCUUGCAGCGAAGCGCAUCGCGGCCGUCAAGUUCCUCAACGCGGGUCAAAUCUGCCUAGCAGUCAACCAUGUCUUUGUUGACCCACGUGUUCACGAUGAAUUUCUAAGCAAACUCGAGCAUUAUAUGCGCCAGUCCGCAGACACAGGCCAUAUGUGCCGCAUCAUCAAUCGCCGAAACUACGGCCGUCUGCAAGACAUGGUGAACAAAUCUGAAGGCAAGGUGAUUCAUUGCGGGCUCGGACCAAAAGGCAAGAACAGCAUGGGCCCCAUCAUCGUAGCCAACGUGUCUCUCAUAGACUCUGUCAUGAGCGAUGAAUUGUUUGGACCUAUCUGCCCAGUGCUGAAGGACGCAGUCAGCGAGGCCAUUACAGCCAUCAACAGCCUUCCUCGGCCGCUGGCACUCUACAUCUUCAGCUCGGACAAUGCUGAGACGGAACGCAUACAGUCGGGCACGAUUUCUGGAGGUGUUACUCUCAAUGACGCGACGAUGCAUGCCGGGGUGCCCAAUGCGCCCUUUGGCGGCGUGGGGGACUCGGGUAUGGGCUAUUACCACGGCAAGUAUGGUUUCCUUGGGUUCACGCAUCAACGCACCGUUGUCGAGCCGCCUACAUGGCUAGACUACGUGAUGGGCUUUCGAUACCCACCUUAUGACAUGGGGAACUUGAGUAAGCUUGCCGUGCCGAAUAGAUUGGGUUUCCGCAAGGGGGAGACGAUGGAGGAUCAGAUCCUGGGCUCCUCGAGGAGCGUGCGAGUUCCGUGGCGGUCCUUGAUGUUGGUCGGGGUGUUGGGGUCUUUUGUGUACUGGAUUGACAGUCAUUGA